UUCAUUAAAUACACCAACACCCCAACCUACCAUUUUUCAGGGUGUCAAUAGAUUGUAAUUCUUUUGCAAAUUAAUCCAUCCUUCAUCCUUCUGUUCAAGUUCUUACGCAAAACCAGGAAGCUUCAUCUUUGAAACUGCUUCAAUGGCCUCAAAGAGAAUAUUGAAGGAGCUCAAGGACUUGCAGAGAGAUCCACCAACUUCAUGCAGUGCAGGUCCUGUGGCUGAGGACAUGUUCCAUUGGCAAGCAACAAUCAUUGGUCCAAAUGACAGUCCCUAUUCAGGGGGUGUGUUCCUUGUAACCAUCCAUUUUCCACCUGAUUAUCCUUUCAAACCUCCAAAGGUUGCCUUCAGGACCAAAGUGUUCCAUCCAAAUAUAAACAGCAAUGGCAAUAUCUGUUUGGACAUUCUCAAGGAGCAAUGGAGUCCAGCACUCACCAUAUCCAAGGUUUUACUGUCGAUAUGUUCACUUUUGACCGACCCGAACCCUGAUGACCCUCUUGUUCCGGAAAUUGCUCAUAUGUGCAAGACUGACAAAGUCAAAUAUGAGUCAACAGCUCGGAGCUGGACCCAGAAGUAUGCCAUGGACUAAUUAAUUAAUUCAGACCCUAAUUAAUCUUGUUUAAAAAAUAUAUAUCCAGCUCCUAUAUUACUAUAACUUGUCUUAUAUAUAUUGAAUUGAGGCCCCCAAAUUGUAAUUUGACCUCCUUUGCUUGAACAUGAAUAUUAUGGCUGCCAAGUUUUUGAAGCUACACUUCAACA